AUCCUCAUCUUUGCUUUUAAUUGUGCAUUUGGAAAGCCAUAUUACUUUAAGUAAAGGAGACAUUCCUCAGAUGAUUAUCUUAUGAAAGAAAUGUGUACGGAGACAUGUGUAAUUAUACGAAUCUUUGAAAUGUAUUUACAAUAUUAUCUUAUUUUGAGGAACUUCCUGUAACUCACACCUUGAAGGCUUGUUUACACCGUACAUGAUAGACGAACGCUAUCUGCAACAUAUUGAUGUCAGUAUCAAAGAGUCGCUGCUUGAGGAAAUUCUUGCAUUGUACAAAUUGAGUAAUGUUCCCCACAGAGAGUGGCCAGAUAUCCCAAGGCAAAAGGAUCGUAAAGUUCCAAAACAGGUCAGUGAAAGAAUAUUUCGAGCCUGUCCGAUUGUAAAAGGCGUUGGAUAUAGAUUCAACACACUAUAAAUUGUGGUCGAAGAAAAAACAUCGAAGGAGAGUGUAUGUAGUCUCGAGAAAUUUCUCCGGCAAAUGAAAAUAGAUAAAUAUGUUAUUGAAAGAAUUUUCGAGUGUAGGAUCCGAAAUUUAUGUCGAUAACCUUACCACAUCGGGUAGUCUUGGAGGCUUUGCUACUAUGAAAACCACAUCUGAAACGAGGUCGUCAUGUGUUCUCUUGUCAAAACAUGUGGCUGCUGCAGGGAAAGGCAAAGAAGGACGAGAUGGCAAAUUAGUUGCUAAAGAAGGCGAUCGCUUACUUGGCUAUGUUAUACAAGAUACUGUAAAAGAGAGAGGCUAUGAUAUUGCUGCUGAAAGACUGGAUGUGGACAUCACAACAUGCGACACCGUGUUGAAAAAUUCUAAGGGAAAGACAAUGAAAGGAUCUUCAAAAGGCAAAGAAACAUUAAAAGGAAGUCUGCGCGGCCGUAAAGUCCAUUUAUGGGGUGCUAAAUCAAAGCCAGGUAAAGGUGUAGUUACAAUUCCUUAUUAUAUAAUGGAAGGAAUGGAUGAACAUUAUAUACAAGUGGAGAACCUUCAUGGAGAACAUAAAAGAUUUGCAGAACCAGGUGACAGCGUUGCUAUCGCAUGUGCAGACGACCCUUUCCAAGCGUCCGUCUAUCCGGUGUCCAUGAAUAUGGGAAUACUUAACCACAAAGAGAUUGAAGAGGAUAACAAGAGAGACAUCAAAACAAAACGAGGAAAAUAUCUAACAGCGCCACUUUCUGCAGGCCUCGAACAAUUAGGAACCAGGACUGGAUGCACAUUUGAUUUAACUACAGAGUGAAAACUAUAAAGUUUUC